UGCUUCCUGUGAGGACCGACUUCGAUGAGGAACUCUGUUAAAACGAGCAGCCUCACAGAUCCCUCUGAGAGAAAGUUGCAGGUCAGACGAGCAGGCAAGAUGAGAGCUCGAGGAGCUAACGGAACGACUGGGCAAACGCAAAAUGCCAAUCAACAGCUGGACUACAACCAAAGCCGCAUCCAACAGUUCCUCAUUGCAGGGGGAGAGCUGGGGCUCAAACACUUCUACACAGAGCUCUCUGUUCUCCUCCUGGUGGUCUACCUUCUAGUGCUCAUUGGUAACUUUAUGGUUUUCUUUGCGGUGGUGCUGGAGACCAAACUGCACACACCCAUGUACAUUUUCCUCAGCAGUCUCUCUCUAACAGAUAUCAUCAUCACAACCAGCGUUCUCCCCAAGAUGAUAUCGGUGUGCCUACUGAAUGAUAUUGCCAUUUCUUUCUCCGGCUGCUUCUUGCAGCAGAUCACCUAUUUGACAUUUCAGGCUACUGAGAGCAUUUUGCUUCUUUUAAUGUGCUAUGACCGCUAUGUGGCAAUUUGCAAUCCUCUACGCUACAAUGAUAUCAUCAAUCCCCGGAUGUGUGUUCUACUCUCAGUCUUUGCUUGCAUUGUUGGAUUUUUUGUGAUGCUUCCACUUACAAUGUAUGCAUCAAGGUUACCUUAUUGUGGGAACCACCUCAUGUUCUGGUUUUGUGAUUUCCCUCCAGUUAUCGCACUGUCCUGUUUGGACACAACAAUCAUGCUGUUCCCAGCUCUAUCGAUUGCUUUACUACUAACUGUGAUUAUUGCAAUUGUCAUUACUUGGACAUACAGUAAAAUCUUUUUUUCAAUAUUUAAAAUUACUUCUGUAGAUGGGCGUAAAAAGGCCUUCUCCACCUGCUCCUCACAUCUCAGUAUUGUAAUCCUGUUCUGUUUUGCACAUCUUUGUGUCUAUAUAAGUUCCACAGUAAGAAAUGUUCAUCCGAAUGUUCUCAUCUUGAUCUCAAUCUUCAACUGUUUACUGACUCCGUUUGCGAACCCCAUCAUUUACAGCUUGAGAAAUAAAGAGUUAAAGACCGCUAUUGUAAAACAUUUCCACAUCAAUGAGGUUUUCAUAAGUUUCUCUCGUUUACGUCCCCAGUAAAUGUUUUUGUCAGUCUUAUCUAGCUCAAGUUAUGCUGUGACACAUACAAUAUGGGCCCUUUGUGUUGAGUAUCUGACUCUUUUUUUGUGAAUAUCCAACAUUUUUGCUCUUUGGUGAC